CCGAUCUGAACAUGCGUCUGGAUGAUUUGUAAGGGUUUCUGAGCAGGAUCCCGCUGUACUGUACAAUGCACGUCUCCAUAAAGCUGGAGCAUCACAUGUAAGGGAAGCGAGCAUCUGAGGGAAGUACAUGAUGGAUUCCUGGACAUAUUUGUUCUCUCCCAGUUAUUACUCCACUAACCUGUCUGGAUACUCCCUGUACGACGGCCUGCUCAACAUAUCUGAGGAUGAAACCCUGAGUAAUGAGCCUGAGCAGCACCUGACCAACACUAACACAGCGGUGGUCACCGUCAUGUACUUCCUGGUCUGUGUGGUCGGGCUCUGCGGAAACGCUCUGGUUAUUUAUGUGAUCCUGCGAUACGCUAAGAUGAAGACGGUCACGAAUAUCUACAUCCUGAACCUGGCCGUGGCAGAUAUUCUGUUUAUGCUAAGCUUGCCCUUCAUUGCUCUCCAGUUAGCGAUGGUGCACUGGCCGUUUGGGGCUACGAUGUGUCACGUGGUUAUAACUAUGGACUCUCUGAAUCAGUUCACCAGUAUCUUCUGCCUGAUGGUGAUGAGUAUUGAUCGAUACCUCGCUGUGGUGCACCCGAUGAAGUCGAUCAAAUGGAGAAAGCCACACGUGGCGAAGGCUAUCAACGUAGCGGUGUGGGUCGUGUCUCUAAUCGUCAACCUCCCGGUACUGUUCUACAGUGGGCUGAUCACUAAAUCUGAAGGGUGCUUCUGCAGUAUUGUGUGGCCGGAUCCGCAGGGAGCGUACCAAACCGCCUUCAUGAUCUACACCUUCUUCCUCGGCUUCUUCCUCCCGCUGAUGGUCAUCUGCCUGUGCUAUCUGCUGAUCAUCAUCAAGGUGAAGUCCUCAGGGAUCAAGGUGAGCUCCAGCAAGCGCAGAUAUUCAGAGAAGAAGGUGACGCGUCUGGUGUCUGUGGUGGUGCUGGUGUUUCUGUUCUGCUGGCUGCCGUUCUACAUCUUCAACAUGACCUCGGUUACGGGCACUGUUAGCGAUACGCCUUUUCUGCGCAGUGUGUUUGCGUUCGUCGUGGUGCUGGGAUAUGCCAACAGCUGCGCUAACCCCAUAUUAUACGCUUUCCUGUCGGAGAACUUCAGGAAGAGCUUCCAGAAUGUUCUGUGUUUGAAGAAAGACGGAGGGUUGAGUGAUGUGGCUCGCUCUAACAGCAGACUGGACCGGUCGCAGAUUCUGAACGAGCCGAUGGGAACUCUACACACGCUGAUCAACGGAGACCUGCAGACCAGCCUUUGAUGAAAGCGCUAAUUACUCAUAUAAUGUGAUGUUGGCAGGGCCUGUGUGUUGGAGAUCCAGCAGUGAUUGUGGGUCAUCAGGUCCGGUCUUCCAGCCAGAAGAAGACUAUAGAUCUCUUUAACCCUCAGGCUCCUGGAGGACAGCUGUUUCCUUCAUCUGAGCAGUUCAAGACUUGGCUAGUUUUAGUUUACCAUCUGAACACGCGCACACACACACACACACACACACAAGAGGACUGGGAUCGACAAUGUUAAGUUCUGGAGAUAAAACAAAUCUCUUUCCCUUCACCCAGAAAUGGGUCCCCAUAGGACAUGAGUGGGAAAUGCUAAAAUUCAUUCAUUCAUUCUCCUUCAGCUUAGCCCCUUUAUUCAUCAGCGGUCGCCACAGUGGAAUGA